AUGCAAUCAGUGCAGACUGUUUGGCAUCAGUUGGAAAAUGCGAUACUUUCAAUAUAGGAUACGUUCUAAAAUGGAUGAAUUUGUGAUGUAUUUUAUGUUUUGCGCUGUCCUUCACAGUUUAGCAACAGUUGACGGAUUCAUGUGUGUUCAGUGUGACAGUGACGAAGAUCAUGCAUGCCUUUCCGAUCCACCGGCUCCAACGAACUGCACAACGGCAUGUGAUGACGGGGAUGAACUUGGUAUGUUUGUCCCCGGGAGUGGGGCCGAGUGUAAAGACGGCUUCCUGCAAUACACUAUGUGCAUGAAUAUCAAAACGAUGGAUGAAAACAGUACAAAAGUCCUCAAUAUGGUGAGAACAUGUGCGAGCUCGGACUUUGGAGACGGAUGCCAGUCGGGAUUUGAUGACUCUGGAACUCCAAUAAAUGUCUGCACUGUAUUUUGCCACAUAGAUGGCUGUAACCAUAGCAAUGUUAUAAGUGCUUCCUUUUGGUCAAUUGUUCUGCUUAUCUUUCCAUUGCUAUGAGGGAUACGGACAGUGGCGUUUUUUGGAUUCCAAUGUUUAAUAAGGACGUUGAAGUAUUUGAGUUUUGAUGAAAAGUAAAGAACUGACGAGUUUAGAAAUGCAUGUAUCGAAAGGAUUUGCCGGUGAUAAGAAAUGAAGUCAAGAGGUAAUAAUAUAAUGUUGGGGAUUCGUAAUGACAUAAGCUUCGCUCAGAUUUUAAAGAGCAUGAAACAAGCUUUACAUCCGGGCUUUACAUGCAUGUAAAUGUGGGCAUCGGUUACGAGCAUGCGCUCCGUAUCAGUUUUGUUGCG